UUAUAUCGCGACACGCUCUAAGCGUCUUCAGUCGUAGACAAACCUUCAGCCGGAGCGAACGUUUGGAUUUAUUUUCGUACGUUGAGUCGGACAUCUCUUAAACAUGUGUGACGAAGACGUUGCAGCUCUUGUCAUUGACAAUGGAUCUGGAAUGUGCAAAGCUGGUUUUGCAGGAGACGAUGCUCCAAGAGCCGUGUUUCCCUCGAUUGUCGGCCGACCAAGGCAUCAGGGUGUGAUGGUUGGUAUGGGUCAGAAGGACAGCUAUGUUGGAGAUGAGGCCCAGAGCAAGAGAGGUAUCCUCACCCUCAAAUACCCCAUUGAACACGGUAUUGUCACCAACUGGGAUGAUAUGGAGAAGAUCUGGCAUCACACCUUCUACAAUGAGCUCCGUGUCGCCCCAGAGGAGCACCCAGUCCUAUUGACUGAAGCCCCACUCAACCCAAAGGCCAACCGGGAAAAGAUGACCCAGAUCAUGUUUGAGACCUUCAACACCCCAGCAAUGUACGUUGCUAUCCAGGCAGUAUUGUCACUGUAUGCAUCCGGUCGUACCACUGGUAUUGUGAUGGACUCUGGUGAUGGUGUGUCUCACACUGUUCCUAUUUAUGAAGGUUACGCUCUUCCCCACGCCAUUCUGCGUCUUGACCUGGCUGGUAGAGAUCUUACAGAUUAUCUCAUGAAAAUCCUCACUGAACGUGGCUAUUCAUUCACAACCACAGCUGAACGUGAAAUUGUCAGAGACAUUAAAGAAAAGCUUUGCUAUGUUGCACUUGACUUUGAGCAGGAAAUGCAAACUGCAGCCAGUUCAAGCUCCUUGGAAAAGAGCUAUGAGCUCCCCGACGGUCAGGUCAUCACCAUUGGAAAUGAGCGAUUCCGUUGCCCAGAGGCAAUGUUCCAGCCAUCUUUCCUGGGUAUGGAAUCUGCCGGUAUCCAUGAAACCACCUACAACAGUAUUAUGAAGUGUGAUGUAGAUAUCCCAAUGUACGUUGCUAUCCAGGCAGUAUUGUCCCUGUACGCAUCUGGUCGUACCACUGGUAUUGUGAUGGACUCUGGUGAUGGUGUGUCUCACACUGUUCCUAUUUAUGAAGGUUACGCCCUUCCCCACGCCAUUCUGCGUCUUGACCUGGCUGGUAGAGAUCUUACAGAUUAUCUCAUGAAAAUCCUCACAGAACGUGGCUAUUCAUUCACAACCACAGCUGAACGUGAAAUUGUCAGAGACAUUAAAGAAAAGCUUUGCUAUGUUGCACUUGACUUCGAGCAGGAAAUGCAAACUGCAGCCAGCUCAAGCUCCCUGGAAAAGAGCUAUGAGCUCCCUGACGGUCAGGUCAUCACCAUUGGAAACGAGCGAUUCCGUUGCCCAGAGGCAAUGUUCCAGCCAUCUUUCUUGGGUAUGGAAUCUGCCGGUAUCCAUGAAACCACCUACAACAGUAUUAUGAAGUGUGAUGUAGAUAUCCGUAAAGACUUGUAUGCCAACACUGUCCUUUCUGGUGGUUCUACCAUGUUCCCAGGCAUUGCUGACAGAAUGCAGAAGGAAAUCACAGCCCUUGCUCCAUCCACGAUGAAGAUCAAGAUCAUUGCUCCCCCAGAGAGGAAAUACUCCGUCUGGAUUGGUGGCUCCAUCCUGGCCUCUCUGUCAACCUUCCAGCAGAUGUGGAUCAGCAAGCAGGAGUAUGAUGAGGCUGGACCAUCCAUAGUCCACAGAAAGUGCUUCUAAACUGGACUUAUGAUAUUGCUUGUUGUUUUCAUACCAAAAUGUACCUUCAUGUUCGUGUUCAUGGCAAUUUUUGCUACAUAGAUCUUAUGUGAUAAAACUUCUUGAUUUGUUACAAUGAACAAUUAUAUGAUAACUUAUUUUUCAUACAAAAUGAUAUAAAAAAAACCUUGAAUAAAAAAUCCAAAAUUU